CUUACGUAUCUUCAAGCCCUCCAGGAAGUGUUAAAGAAAAUAGUAUGGAAUAUCUUCCUUUUCGACCAAUAGCGUAUAAGCCUGUUUCCAUUCCGGUCAAUGGAGCUUCACUAAAAUACAUUAAGUGGGCGGACUAUAGCACAGCAGCUGCACAAAACGCAGAUUUGUAAAAUGUAGGUGUUAACUGCCUCGUUCGCUUAAACUGGCCGUGGUGUUAUGUGACGUCAAUCCAUCUGUUUACGGUAUUCGGGAAAAAGCACAAUUUAGAUGUUGCGGAACGAAUUUAGAGUCACGCGCCAGUGCUUUGACAGGCAGUGUGUGAAUGUCAGUUUCAUUACUAGUUACCCGAGUAGAUAUUCGCUCUUCUGAACAAUUGAUUUUGUGUCAUGUCGAGCACAAACUGAUAAGAUAGGAGGCUAAAUGCCAGACGUUGGAAAGUGUGUCAUUAAUUGAAGGGUUGACGGUUUCCAGUAAACAUCUCAAGUCAACAAGUCAGCUGACGAUGGCCAGCAGGGAUGCCAGUGAGAACACCCCUCUUUUGGACAGCAGCUCUGUGUACAGGCCUUCGUCAGUGUUCCAGGGCAGAAGACUGGCGUGUGCAACCAUUCUGCUUGCAGAAUCAUUGGAACGAGUUGCAUUCUAUGGCAUCACUUCCAACCUGGUUCUUUUCCUUAACAGUAGCCCAUUUUAUUGGGAGGGGACUGAGGCCAGCCAGGCCCCCCUGAUGUUCAUGGGGGUUACAUACCUGAUCUCACCAUUUGGUGGCUGGCUGGCUGAUGCAUAUCUGGGCAAGUUCUGGACCAUUGCUGGCAGUUUGAUUCUAUACUUCCUUGGCAUGCUGUUUUUCCCAUUUAUCACAUAUGACUACUCCAGGAAUGCCCUAUGUGGUGAAGAAAUUGCAUUUCCAGUGCAACCUGCAGAGUGUUUGAGCUCAAACGGUACUCCAAGCAAUGUGACCUGCCCCACACGGGCACCUUACUGUGGGCCAGUGAUCUACACGGGCCUUGUUCUCAUCGCCCUAGGUGUAGGAACAGUAAAGUCUAACAUCACUCCAUUUGGGGCCGACCAGGUAAAAGAUCGUGGCCCAGAGGCCACUCGCAGGUUCUUCAACUGGUUCUACUGGUGCAUCAACCUGGGGGCCAUCUUGUCGCUGGGUGGCGUGGCCUACAUCCAGCAGAACAUCAACUUCCAGUUGGGGUACAUCAUCCCAGCUGUGUGCCUGGGUGUCUCCUUCCUGGUGUUCCUGCUGGGGCGCACAGUCUUCAUCAACAAGCCUGCUGACGGUAGUGCCUUCACUGAUAUGUUCAAGAUCCUGGGUUACGCCUGCUGCACUGCACAGCCCAAAGAGCCCAACCUGCUACGGGCUAAGCCAACCAUGCUGGAUGGAGCUAAGGUGACUUAUGGAGGGAGAUUCCCUGAGGAGAAAGUGGAGGAGGUGAAAGCACUGCUGAAAAUUCUCCCAGUGUUUUUUGCUCUUAUCCCAUACUGGAUUGUGUACUUUCAGAUGCAGACAACGUAUUUCCUCCAGAGCCUACAUCUAAGGAUUCCUGACACCAGCACAGGCACCAACAGCAGCGCUGGCACCCACCAGAUCACGUUCCGCUUCCCUGCCGCCUGGCUGACAAUGUUCGACGCAGUGCUUAUUCUCAUGCUGAUCCCUCUUAAGGACAAAGUGGUGGAUCCCAUCCUCAAACGCAGAGGCCUGCUGCCCUCCUCCCUCAAGAGGAUCGCAGUGGGGAUGUUCUUCGUUAUGUGUUCAGCUGUGGCGGCUGGUAUACUGGAGACAAAACGACUUGAGAUCAUCAAGUCUAAUGGCACAUUCGACCAGGUCUUUGGCGAUGUCAUCUACUACGCAGCAGAUCUGCCUAUAUGGUGGCAGGUACCUCAGUAUGUGCUCAUCGGAAUCAGCGAAAUCUUUGCCAGCAUCGCAGGUCUGGAGUUUGCCUACUUAGCUGCCCCCAGGUCCAUGCAGAGUGCCAUCAUGGGGCUGUUCUUCUUCUUCUCUGGGAUUGGCUCCUUCGUGGGUUCCGCCCUACUGUCCAUAGUCUCCCUCAAGGGGAUUGGCUGGAUGUCCUCCCACAAGGAUUUUGGUAACAUCAAUGACUCCCAGCUCAACUACUACUUCUUCCUGCUAGCGGGGAUCCAGGGCCUCACCCUGCUGGUCUUCCUCAUCGUGUCGGUCAAGUACGACAAACAGAAGAAUAGUAGAGCAGGAAGUCAGAGGCAGGGUAUCACUUCGUCUUGGUCCCAUGACUGACCCCUGUCCAUCUGACCUCACCCUACCUGCCUUAGUUUGUAGUAGUUAGUGCCAGAACACCUGCCUGAUUUGGUACUGGACUCCCUAAAAACAUGCCACUUCAAUACAGAUAUGACCAGAAGUUACUUUUCGAAGCAGGUUAAGAGAGCAUUUUAUCCAACUCUAACCCUUUUCCUAACCUUAACCUAAUUCUUCUAACCUGUUAGGUUAAUUUUCCUAACCCUUUACGAAAAAGUCCCCUUCCGGUCGUAGCUGUAUCAAAGUGACGUGUUUUUAGGGAAUCUCGAUUUGGUACCGGAUAGAGUUUGUUCUUUUUACUUAAUGGGUUUGUAAGACUAUUACAUUUUCAAAGCAAAAAUAUAUUUUUACUGUACACUCGCACAUCCCUCACAUGAGAUCAAGUUCAUGUUAAUGUAUAUUUAUUGUACAGUACCUUAUUUAAAACAUCAUUACUGUGUUUGAUCAGGGUUCCCUUGAAUAUGAAUGGUGUAAUUUUCAAUAAUUUAAACCAAUUAUUUAACGUAAGCUGAUCAAAUUAAUUACAAAUAGCUCACUCCUAUUGUCAGAUGAGUAAGCAUUACACGAAUGUGGCCUUUUCACUGGUGCCAUAGAUCAAUGAACAAUUUAAAACAAGGCACACCAUUUUGAAAAACUUUUGAGGCUUCAUCAACUGACUGAUCAGGUUUGUACUCUUGCUUGUUUUCUCUUAAAUCCUUUCUUUGAUAAUUUGCACUAGAGGAAUUGUGCCAUUUUCACACUGUAUUGAACAUUAUUCAAUUGUGAUUAGGGGCUUGGUGUUUGCUAUAUUACUUGUAUAAACUUGUUUAUGAUUGGCAUGUAAAGGUUAAAUAGAAAAGUUAUUUACAUUUUUUUGCUAACCAUUAUUUUCACCUACUGUAUGUGUUUUCAAUAUGGAGCUAUGUUUUCAGUCUUUAAUUUUUUUGUCAUACUGUUGCUUAUACACUGAGUGUACAAAACAUUAGGAACACCUUCCAAAUAUUGAGUUGCACCCCCUUUUGCCCUCAGAACAGCCUCAAUUCUGGACUCUACAAGGUGUCGAAAGUGUGCCACAUGUUGACUCCAAUACUUCCCACAGUUGUCAAGUUCGCUGGAUGUCAUUUGGGAGGUGGACCAUUCUUGACACACAGGGAACUGUAUCAAACACAAACCGGGGCGCCUGGCACCUACUAUCAUACCCGUUCAAAGGCAAUUUUGUCUUGCCCAUUCACCCUCUGAAUGGCUCGCAUACACAAUCAAUGUCUCAAUUGUCUCUAUGCUUAAAAAUCAUUCUUUAACCUGUCUCCUCCCCUUCAUCUACACCUGAUUUUGAAGUGAAUUUAACAAGUGACAUCAAUAAGGGAUCCUGGUCAGUCUGUCAUGGAAAAAGCAGGUGUUCCACAUUUUUUGUACACUGUGUAUACAUAUACUUUGUGUCUUAGGCGUUGAUCUAGAGUUACUUAAAUAUCAAAGGUAUUUCUUUAAUUAAAUUUACCUGCUAAAUCCAUGAAUAAGGUUUAGACUACUACUUUUCGACUAUGCAAUGGUUUAAUCAAACAAAAGAAAUUACAAAAAAAAUGUAUGACAUUAAAUGUAUAUAUUGCCAGUUGGUUCAACUUGAAAACCAUUUUGGUAUAUUUACCAUCAUCAUUUACUCGGACUAAUCAUCCCUAGCCAGCAAUGACACAAUAUCGUGUUGCUGAAACGGGAUAUUCUGUGAUUGCUGCAGCAGAAAACGAUGUGAAUUGUAUCGUGAAAGUAAAUGUUUUCAUUAAGUUGACAUUAGUUCAGACUGAACCACAAUUUUACAGUUACCAGUUUCUUUAUGCAAUUGGGGUAAAGGUUAAAAUGAAAAUGUUAAUUUGCAGUAUUAGUCUGACUGUUGACAAUGUCUAGCCUCAGAUUUGGAUGUGUUAAUAAAUGUCUGUAGUCAGCACAUGGUGUCCUUAUGGAUAGACUGCACUUUUACAUACUGUAGCUUUUGGGGGUUGUGACUAAUGUAUACUUAUCAUAUGGUAGACAAUGUUCAGAGCCUCACUCUAUGUAAUCCCUCUCAUGUAGUUGGUAUAUUUCACCCCAGUCAAAGCUCUUUAAUCGUUGACUCUGGCACUACAAAACUAUGUAUGUUCUGUUAAAUAGCAAGAUCCACAAUGUUUUUUCCCUUUUACCCGACAAGUGAUUGUUUAGCAGCAAUCUGCAUGUUUGCUUUACCUACAGUAGACCUAAGUGCAAAAAGUUAAAGCUGAAAGUAAGGUAUUUUACAAACCAAAAUCUACUCAGGGUGGAAGGGAGGUAGAAUAAUUGAAUUAUUAAAGAAUACCAAUACAAUUGUUAUGAAGAGUUAGUAAACUGUCUUUGAGAUGUCUUGAAGUAUAGUUGUUUACAUAUUCUCAGGUUGGUGGCUUGAAUUGACCUUUUUAGCUAACACAUUGAAACCAUUUACUAACUCAUUGACAAUGGCUGAAAACAUUUUUGGCUGUUUUAUUAUAGUGUUUGUUGGAUGAAUGGUGGUUCUUUUUUGUGUCAACUUAACAGCUUUUGAAGAAACAUUUUCUGAAAAUGUAUUCUGUUUUAAUGAUGCUGCAGCAUUGGUAUUUAGAAUGUUUUUUGUGGGGUUAUUUUUGCUAAUAAAAUAUUAAAAUCGUUCUUUCCUACAUUCGAUUCUCUAAAGGAAACACUUUGUUUGAGAUUGCUUAUCCUUUAGGACUUGUAAUGAUUGACGUCUAUUUUAAAGAUGGGUAAAUGCCAAACCAUAAGCAUUUUAGUCAUAUUGAUGCUGUAUGUUUUACAAUUGUAUGUUAACUGUUAUGGUAGCAUUAGCAUAUAUUUGCCAUAAUCAGGGUUAUAUUAUUUAUCGAUUACGGUAAGCCUCUUCCAGUCCUUUGUUACCCUAUUAUUCCUCUUAGACAUGGGAGACACCCACUGGCAGGUUGGCAUAGAAUAGUUUGCAUAACACAGAGCUCUUAUUGUGACUCAUGGGUGAAAUUGAGCAUUUCCAGUGAGGCGAAUGCAUGUUUCAUCAGACUGGGAUUGAAAUUGGCACGUCCCCACAAAUCAUGUGUUAAUGCUUAGGCCUUACAGCCGAGGCAACAACUCUGGGCUGUUUCCUGUAUAGUAAAUUAGAUGGAGUCUGGUGGUUGGAUUCAGACCACACAAGCGUGUCAACAGACAGCUUGAUGUUUGAACUUAACACAAUGCCUCCAGGUUAUAGCUGUGUGGCCGCUUCUUUCUCACAAGAUUACUUUUUAGCAGAUAUGAGUGGUUAUGGAGGAAGUCUUGAAGGGCAAUAACAUUGAAAAAUACUGAAUAAUAGAGAUAUUGCUUUUGAGGUUCUGGGUUUAGGUCAGAUUUAUAGACCAGGCUUUACAAAGCAGUGGAGUUGGAGUGCUGUAAGCUAUUUAUGAGUCAAUUUUUUCUAAUGUAUUUCUAUUCAUUUAUCUAGACCAGGUAUUCCCAAACUGGGGCACGCGCAAUGACGUCGGGCGUACGCCAAAUAAAAAUGCGAUUCACAUUUAAAAAACAUUUACAUAUUUGUUUUCUUCACAUUUUCAAAGAGUCCGUUUACAUAUUGUGGUUGUUGUGGAUGUCUGUCACAAAUCGAAAUGUGUAUUGGAACCCAAUAAUGGUUGAAUUCAAGAAGUUUAAGCUGCCUAUCAAUCAUUGUUUUUGAAACCAAUAUAUAGCCAGUGAAAAAUGUGCUCUUGCAACAGCUGCAUAGUGCGGAUCCAAGCCUAUGGAAUAAAAGUGGGGCUUUUAUUGCUCCAUCUAUUUCAUGCUGAUAUUUUUUUUUCUUCUUUGACCUAAUGGACACAUGCUCAAACUUGCACACUUUUGAUAGACUUAAAGUAGCAAUCUUGUCAUGGAUCCCUCCGGAACUUUAAUUACGCACACCUGUCCCCUAUUCCCACAGAUUAGUAUUUGUAUUAAGUGUGUCCUUCGGUUUCCAUUGGGCUGUCCAUUAUUGUUACAAUGUCCGUUGGUGUGUGUGAGUACCUGUGCUGUGUGUUUUGGCUUUUGUGCCAUUGUGGUUUGCGCAGAUGACUACGGGUCUCGUCCCGUAUGUUAAUAAUUGUGCGCAAGUGUUAUUUAUUCGAGGUACUCCUCGCUCUUUUAUUUGGGUUUCAACCCUGUGUUUUGUUACGUGUUUGUUUGGUUUUUGUCCACAUGCCCUUACACGGCACACCAUAAUUUGGGUGUAAUAAAAACGCAUAUUACGCAUUCCUG